UUUCUUCGACAUUGGCUGUGUUCUUUCCGUUUGGUUUAUUACGAGCGGCUGCAUGGUCGCGGCAACACGUCGCACCGCGCGUCAACGACAUAAAACAAAACAAAAAUACGCACUGAUAACGAAUCCGAUCCGCGCCGCCUUUCGCGGAGUUUCGAACACUGUUUACAAAACGCUUUCCUCGUUCGGAUAUCGCGGGUGACAUACGAUAGUUGGAGUGGCUGCCGAUGCGCGGAAGUCUAAGUGCGCGAAGUAUGCGCAUUCGUGUUAGUGGAUGAACUUGUGCCGCCUUUCUGGAAAGUCAAGGAAUACGACUGACGCAGUGAUUGAAGCCAUGCUCAUGUGCAGUUUAUCGAAUGCUAACGAUGCAGACAUGACUAAAAAGAUUGAAGCAUUAUGAUACACAACCUUAGAAAUAUGCUGGAGGUACCCGACAACAUAUCCGAAGCGAGCUUCGUGACGAGCGUGGAAGAGGCUUCGAGCCGCGUAGACCAAUGCACGCAAACGCCGCCCAGCGGGAAGGCGCGCCCACGCACUCUCCAAAGGUAUCACACCUCUGACCACAUCUACGAGAGACAGCCACACAGAAAGUACAAGCACGAACGAAAGAUAGAAUCCAGCGACUCCUUUCCAACCAUAACUAAGUUACCAAGUUAUGAGAACGGAUAUCCGAAGUUUAAAGUGAGCGUGUCAGACAGCCCAACCAUCUCAGUGACGCCGCCCCAUAGCUUGGAGUACGUGUGCCCUCGCGGCGGGACUAGCCCGGGUACCGCCACACCCAACGGCCUGGUCAACAAGUCUACUACAGUACUCCUGAGCCCGGGGUACUUGCAGAACCCUUGUCAAUGCAACCAGUCUAUUAAGAGUGUUAGCGAAGUAGCACUAACCAUGCCCGUGUCGCCUGGUUGGAACGAUCUCCCUUCAGAGCAUGCCGGCUCCGAGGGCCUCUCCUGGCGACGACUGCACAUGUCCAGAGCCAAACUGAAAGCGACUGCUACCACUUCUGAACUAUUGUCAGGUUUCGCGAUGGUAGCCAUGGUGGAACUUCAAAUCAACGAGCCAACGAACGUUCCAGAAUGGCUUUUUGUUAUGUUUGCUGUCUGUACCACGGUUUUAGUAGCUGUACAUAUAUUCGCUCUCAUGAUCUCCACGUAUCUACUUCCGAACAUCGACGCUGUGAGCAAGAUGGAGACGCCUGGUGGACCGACACGGGCGCUUCAGGACUCCCCUCAUGAGAGGAUGAGGGGUUUCAUCGAGCUGGCCUGGGCGUUUAGUACUGUUUUAGGUCUCUUCCUGUUCUUAGUGGAGAUAGCUAUAUUGUGUUGGGUGAAGUUCUGGGAUUACUCCUUUGCAGCCGCAACAGCUGCUACUGUCAUUGUUAUACCAGUGUUAAUUGUUUUUGUGGCGUUUGCGAUACAUUUUUACCAUUCGUUAGUGGUACAAAAAUGUGAGACGACGGUCAAAGACAUAGAACAGCUGGAAAGUAUGAAGAGAGACUUGGACACGGCGACUGUUAAAGUCAACAUGUACAACUAAAUAAGAUGUAAAUACCUAUAUAAUAAAUGGUAGCUGCGAAGUGCGUCAGGUGACGGAGAUCAGCCUAUGUAUAUCCGUCUCGAACAGGCCAGCACUGUGUGGACUGGCGAUGGGUUAUUUCUCAUCAAUUGAUACUCUACCUACGGGUGCAGUAGGAAUAAUUUUGCGUGGUUGUAUAAUAAAUAAAAAUAUUGCUUCACAAAGCAACGACAGUAAAAGAAGAGGGGUGAAUCCAAACAUAUGAUUACUUCGAAGACAAUCCGAACGAGUGUGGCCCAAAAAUGCAAUCAGAUAUGCGAAAUACAUAUAUAAGUUGUAAAAAAAACGAAUACUAUAUUUGCUGAAAAUGCAACGAUAUUUGCUCGAGUUUUAAAGUAAGAAUACAAUGAAUCGACAAAUAGAAUCGACUUUUAAAAUAUAAGAUAAAAUUAUUACGAACUCUUAUAAAAAAUGCAUGAUUGGUAUAUGGACUAUCGACUAUGAACGAAAGCGAAUUAAUAAAUUAUAUUAUUUGUUUACGCACAGAACGGAAAGGGCUUGGCAAAAGUUAAUGUUUCAAUGUAUAGUUCUCCACAAAAAUAACAACCAAUUCAAAAGUUAAAAACAUAGAAAAAAGUUGAACAUAAAAAAAAUUAUAGAUCUUAUUUUUAAUUUGAACGAUAAUUUAUUUUAAUGUUUUGUUGCUGAAAAUGUACGAACAUACGUUUGCCAUCCCGUUAUUGAAUACAAUCGUAAGCUUAUAAUUUUAUAUUUUAAAACCAUCAGCGAAAAAUAUAAAUUAGAACCUAAGCUUAACUGAUAAUUAUCUUCAGACUGUAUUUGCAAUCUCAUAUAAAAUCUAUUUUAUAUUAUGUUUGUAUUAUUUUAGUCUUUGAACAUGAGGUCUGAAGUCUCAAAAACAUAUUUAGUUUAGGUGUAAUAUUUAUAUCCAAUGUAAAUAGACUAGAUAAGUAGUAAUAAUUCUAAGGAUAAUUAAAUAUAUAAUGUUAUUUUAAAAUGUUACUGUUAUUGUAACAAUACUAAGGUGCUAUUGUAUUCACGAGGUAGGCAUUAUUAUAGAAAACCUUAUUAAGGAUAUAAUAGAUUAAGGAUUCAUUGUAAAUCAAUCAAUAUUUUUUUUAAUAUCAAUGUACAUUGGUGUCAAUAAAGUCAUUCAUAGAAUUUAUUAAAAUAAAAAUACUACAUAUUUUCUAUUUAUACUGGAUAGAUUUUAAAUAUGUAUAUAUUGAUCUAGCUAUCGACAUUAGUUGUAUUACAGAUUUUUAUAGUCCUUGAAUGAUAUUUCAAAAGACUGCCUCUGAAAUAAAAGUAUGUUAAAGUAGCACAACUAUAUUUGUUAAAAUAUAUUAGGUAUGGACCAAUUUAGAUAUUUUAUUAGUUAAACUGAACUGUUGCAUCAGUAUUGGACGUUUGAAGCUGUUGUAAGUUAUAAUAUUAAGCUUGUUAGUGAAUAAAGUCUAUUUUCAAAAAUAUGUUUUAGUUUAACACGUUAAAAUUACACGAUAUUAUUUCUAUGUAACCUCCUCCUUGUGUUUUUUUGGAGUAAUUUGAGUUAAAUUCCCCCACAUACCAAUUGAUGGUGUCUCCAUGGAAUAGGCACGAAAAUAGAUAAACAAAUCCAAAA